UAUCCCUAUCCGUGCAAAGCCAAGCUGGUUCCCAGCACGUGAGAUCUGCAUGCAGUCCCAUCUUCUCAACAUGGAAAUGCAUCUUCAGCACUCACUGCCUUCUCCAAUCUGCAGGCACAUCUCUCUGGUACAUCUGUUAAGCCACUGCAAAUCUUUGAACGAAUUUAUUAUUCCAUCAUAAAGAGCACGGUUGACUAUACAGGCACACACAUUGUCUUCCACGUGCUGCUGUGUUAAUAGCAAUAGUUUUUUCGUGACUCCUGUAAAAAGCAAAAGCUUUCCCUGGGAGGUUCAUGUUUUUAGCAGUGACAAGAUGACAGUCCUUAUAUUUACCCAAGGAUCCAGUGAGUCAUCCUAUUAACUCUGCUGAAAUACAUGCUUGCCAAUCGUCCUGCCACGUUAGCCAACCUACAUCACAAUGACUGAGGACUUAGACCACAGGUUCAGUAGUCUCACUUGGGAUCAGAUUAAAAUCCUGGAUCAAGUUUUAGCAGAGGUAAUACCCAUUCAUGGAAGAGGGAAUUUUCCAACACUGGAAGUAAAACCGAAGGAUAUAAUUCGUGUGGUUAAGGAGCAGCUCAUUGAAAGGCAAAUCAACAUUCGAGAUAUCCGCCUGAAUGGUUCAACAGCUAGCCACAUCCUAGUGAAGCAGAACGGAACAAGUUAUAAGGACCUAGAUAUCAUUUUCGGGGUGGAACUUCCAAGUGAGCUUGAGUUUCAGGUCGUUAAGGAGGCAGUUCUUAAUUGCCUACUGGACUUUUUGCCAAAAUGUGUUAAUAAGGAAAAAAUCACUGCCCAGACUAUGAAAGAUGCCUACGUGCAGAAGAUGGUCAAAGUCUCCACCGAUCACGAUCGCUGGAGCCUCAUCUCGCUGUCAAACAACAGCGGCAAGAAUGUGGAGUUAAAGUUUGUUAAUUCGCUCAGGCGACAGUUUGAGUUCAGUGUGGACUCCUUUCAAAUCGUGCUGGACUCCAUCUUAAAUGUUUACAAAGAAACAGACUGCAACCUGACAGAAGACUCUCACCCCACUAUUAUUGCAGAGAGUAUGUAUGGAGACUUCAAUGAAGCAAUGGACCAUUUAAAAUACAAACUGAUUUCCACCAGGAACCCUGAGGAAAUCAGAGGAGGUGGCCUUCUGAAGUACAGCAAUCUCCUGGUUCGUGACUUUAAGCCAGCAGAUGAGGCUGAAAUUAAAUCUCUGGAACGUUACAUGUGCUCCAGAUUCUUCAUUGAUUUUCCAGAUGUUGCUGAGCAGCAAAGGAAAAUUGAGUCAUAUCUGCGCAACCACUUCAUCGGAGAAGAAAAAAGCAAGUAUGACUACUUGAUGACUCUGCGUGGAGUUGUAAAUGAGAGCACAGUCUGUCUCAUGGGACAUGAGCGAAGACAAACUCUGAAUAUGAUUACAAUUUUGGCUUUAAAAGUUCUCGGAGAACAAAAUAUUAUCCCAAAUGCAGCUAAUGUAACAUGUUAUUAUCAGCCUGCCCCUUAUAUCAGUGACAGAAACUUCAGCAAUUAUUACAUUGCUCAUGGACAACCACCUAUCAUCUACCAGCCAUACCCAUUUCACAUACAAAUGCAAAGUGGCAUGGUUUAGGAACACAGUAACCUUCUCAGCACUUGCACCCCUCUCUCCCCAGUUCUCUCCGUAAUAAAGGCCUCAUUCAACCAAG